AUGGCAUCAAGUAUUGCACAGCACCCCGUGAAAUCAGCGGCUUCGACCCUUGUCAAUGGCAGCGAUGAUCCAAGAGCGGCUCAAAAAUCAACCUUCUUCCAGGGUUUGAAUGAAGGUCCCGGCGAGCAUGCUGCCAAAAUCUCGGGCCUUGUUUCUGGCGGAAAGCGACAGGACGUGAGCUUCUCCAUUGAUUCGCAAGUUCGAGCGCAAAUGCUGAUACUAUCGCAGGAUGCGCCUUACUUCACAAACAACGAGGGAAUCCCGUGGCCUGAUCCAUCCCACAGCAAGAAUGUUGGUGGCAUACCACUGAUCAGCGACCCUUUCCUCCUGCAAAAGCAGCAGACCUUCAAUCGGUCCAAAAAUCUUGAGCGCAUGGUACAUCCCUGUGGCAGUGGAGCCUUUGGUCACUUUGAGGUCACCGAAGAUGUCUCAAAAUUUACUAAGCUCCGUGGGCAAGAAUACCCCCUUUUCUUGCGAUUCAGUACUGUCACUCUCGGUCGUGAAUUUCCUGACUCAGCGCGCAACCCCCGGGGAUUUGCUAUCAAGCUUUAUACCGGAGAAGGCAAUUAUGACAUCGUCGGGCUGAAUUGGCCCAUCUUUUUCUGCCGUGAUCCUAUUCAAGGGCCAGAUGUCAUCCGCUCUCAGCAUCGCAACCCCCAAAACUUCUUGAUCGACAAUGACUCCUUGUUCGAUCUUUUGGGUUGCACUCCAGAGGCCAAUCAUGCGGGACUGAUGUUCUUCAGCAAUCAUGGCACGCCGGUAGGAUGGCGGUAUGAGCAUGGCUACGGAUGCCAUACCUUCAAAUGGGUGAACAAGGAUGGCAAAUUUGUCUACAUCAAAUAUCACUUCGUUGCCGAUCACGGACAAAGACAAUUCACUGUGGCCGAAGCCACCCAGAUGUGCGGCGAAAAUCCCGACUACGCAAAGCAAGAUCUCUUUGAAGCGAUCGAAAACGAAGAAUACCCUACCUGGACUGCCAAAGUGCAAAUCAUGGAACCCAACGAGGCCGAUUUCGACAAACUUGGGUUCGACCCCUUCGAUAUUACCAAGGUUUGGCCACGCGAUAAAUUCCCUAUGCAUACAUUCGGUAAACUCACGCUCAAUAAAAACCCUGAGAAUUACCACCGCGACGUCGAACAAGCCGCCUUCUCGCCUGGCUCCAUGGUCCCGGGCAUCGAAGACUCUCCGGACCCUUUGCUCCAAUUCCGCAUGUUCUUCUAUCGCGAUGCCCAAUACCACCGUAUUGGCACCAACCUGCACCAGAUCCCCGUCAAUUGCCCUUUCAUGUCUCAAUCUAUGGCAUCGCUGAGUUUUGACGGGCAGCUUCGGAGUGACGGAAACCAUUCGGGUAAUGCACAGUACGUGCCCAACAGCUUCGCCCACAAAUUCCGCCCAGACGUCGCCGAAACGCCUUAUACACUGAGCGACAACGUUGUCAGCAGAAAAAGCCACUUUGCCCACGAAGGAAAGGACAGCGACUAUGACCAAGCGAGAGAGCUCUGGUCGCGCGUCAUGGACGACAAAAACCGUAAGGACACUAUCACCAAUACUGUCCUCUGCCUGAAGAACGUGCGACAUCCGAUCAUCGUGCAGAAGUUCUUGAGCCAAGCGUACAAAAUUGGAGAAGGUUGGGCCAAGGGCGUCUUUGACGGGCUGCCUGAUAAGACGAAGAAGGGUCUUGAGUGGAAAGAUGUAAUUGAGGGGGCAAAAGGCGCGGAAUUGGCGUAUAAGGAGAAAAAACUCCAGCCUCAGGAAGGCGAUAGAUUGGUUGGGUUUGACCCGCAGAAUCCAGUUUACCAGCUGUUGCAGAAGUAG